UUAUUUAAAAAUUAUAUCUAAUUGAUAUAAAAAAAGUGUCUAUAGUAAUAAAAGUCCCGGCACAUUGUACAAUAACCCUAUUCAUACGUUUCAAGGUCUGCAUAUAUUUUAAACACAUGUACUACAGGCGGUAUAUUAAUAUUCAAGCAGUAUUUAACAAUCAAUUCCUACAUCAAUCACAUUAAAAAAAUGUCUCAACAUCGGAUGUCUGAUGUCAUUGGUAUACUUAGAGGAGCUAAGGUAGUAGCCGAAGCUGUGAUUAAGCAUCAAGAAGAGACAAUUAAACACAUAGUAAAGACUUCAAGUUUGAAGACUACUGCAGAAAAAUGCCUAACAGAUAAUUUAAAAACAUUGAAUAAUAUAAAACUAAGUAAGGUUCCUGUUCAAAUAACGAAAGAAUUUAAAGAAGUGACAGAACGAAUAAAUGUUGUUGAGAAGGGUAUAAUAGAAUUUUUGAAAUUAAAAACUAAAGAAGUGGCAGGAAUGUCAGUUGAUCCAGAUAAACUUAGAAAAUCUACCAGAACUAAAUUACAUGUUUAUAAUCCUGCUAAAGAUCCAAAAGAGAUAAUAAUAGAGAUGGAUAUUCCAAACGUAAAACCUGAUAACGAAAAUGAUAUACGAAGUAAACAGGAUAAACCAUUAAAGAAGUACUCAACUGUGAAAGAAAAAAUUGAAACAAUUUCCAAACUAGAACAUGAAAUACCUAAGAUUGAACUUUCUGAAAAAGAUAAAGCAAUUUUGAAGAAAUUGGAAUUAGAGCAUGAAAAAAACAUAAAGAGUCAGAACAUGAAACAAGAUGUAUCAAAUAUACUAAAAACUGAUUUUGAGAUAUUAGAAAACAAGGCUACAGAAAAUAUGAAAGUAACUUUAGAAAGCUCUCAAGUUAAACCAAAACCAUCUGUUAGACCAAAGCAAACUCUUUCACCUAGUGCAAAAGCACAAAAAGUUCCAUCUACCAGAUUACAAAGAAUGAUAAGCUUUGGAACAUUAGGAGUUGGUCUUGGUGUUGGUACAGUUGCAGAAUACACACGCAGAACACUUGGACUAAAAAAACAAAGUCUUGGAGACACAUUUGAUAGCCUGUUUCUUACUAAAGCAAAUGCAGAAAGAAUAGUUUCUACAUUAUGUAAAGUGAGAGGUGCAGCUUUAAAAAUUGGACAAAUUUUAAGUAUACAAGAUGAAACCAUUAUAAAUCCUGAACUACAAAAAGUAUUUGAACGAGUUAGACAAAGUGCUGACUUUAUGCCAAAGUGGCAAGUUGAGAAGGUAUUAGCCACUGAACUUGGACAUGACUGGAAAAAUAAAUUAGCAACCUUUGAAGACAGACCAUUUGCUGCAGCUUCCAUUGGCCAGGUACAUCAUGGUACCUUGUUAAAUGGACAAGAUGUUGCAAUUAAAAUUCAAUAUCCUGGUGUAGCUAUGGGUAUUCAAAGUGAUGUUGAGAAUUUAGUAGGCAUAAUGAAGGUUUGGAAUAUUUUCCCAAAAGGCAUGUUUAUAGAUAAUUUAGUGGAAGUUGCAAAACGUGAACUUGCAUGGGAAGUGGAUUAUGUAAGAGAAGCAGAAUGUACAAGAAAAUAUAAACAACUUAUGGAACCUUAUUUAGAUUAUUAUGUUCCAGCUGUAGUAGAUGAACUAUCAACGAGUCAAAUUUUUACAACUGAAAUGGUAGAAGGAAUUCCAGUAGAUAAAUGUACAAGUAUGGAUAUGGAAACAAGAGAACAUAUUUGUAAAUUAAUAAUGAGUUUAUGUCUUAAAGAAUUGUUUGUUUUUCGAUACAUGCAAACUGAUCCAAAUUGGUCCAAUUUCUUUUAUAACACCAAUACAAGACAAUUAAUAUUGUUAGAUUUUGGUGCAUGUCGAGGAUAUGAGAAAUCAUUUAUGGAUAAAUACAUUGAAAUAAUUUAUGCUGCAAGUGAAGGCGAUCGUAAUAAAAUUUUAAAUUUAUCUAGAGAAAUGGGAUUCCUUACAGGAUACGAGUCUAAACUUAUGGAAGAAGCUCACGUAGAUGCAGUAAUGGUCUUGGGUCAAGUAUUUGAUAAAAAUUCUAAAUAUUAUGACUUUGGUGGGCAAGAUGUAACUAAACGGAUUCAAUCAUUAGUCCCAACAAUAUUGGAUCACAGGCUUUGUCCUCCACCUGAAGAAAUAUAUAGUCUACAUAGAAAAUUAUCAGGAGUUUUCUUAUUGUGUGCCAAGCUUCAAGUUAAAAUAAAUUGUCGCGAUAUGUUUCGCGAGGUUUAUGCAAAUUAUGAAUUUGAAUAAUAAUGCUAUAUAAAUUAAUGCUUUAUACCUUAAAAAUGUAUAGUUAAAUGAAUAUAAACAUUUUUACAAUCAA